UCCUCUACCAUGGAUUGCUCCUCCUGGGACGGAUGGCUUGAUCUCGGGGUAGCAUGCGGGCUGGACUCACAGUUUGACGGCCUUGGAGCAGACAUCGGGGCGUCAGACAACUCAAACUUUGACCCUGCCCUGACGGAAGCAGCUAUCUUGUACACGACGCCCGUCGUCGAUGAGCAGCAUGAGCUCAAGCAGGCCGUAGACUUCUCCGAUGCUGGCAUCUUCUUGGCUGAUGAUGGUCUGCUACAUGACGACCCAGGGCAUGCUGUCGACUGGAGCCUCAUAGGCUCCCUCAGCGAGACUCGCGCAGUGGAAGUGCGCACAGUCCCUUCUCACGAGGAGAUCGAGGAGCGACUAGCCUACGAGCCUGCUCCCGGGGGAGGCGAUGCCGACAUGUAUGCGACCGAUCAGAUCGAGGCUACAGGCUUGCCGUCCGCGGUGCCUGCUGGAGGAUCGAGGCCAGCGACGGCGAGGAAGGGCCAGCAGCGUUGGAUGAGAACGACGAGGAUCAUCCAGGAGUACCGGAGGCAAGUCUUGCAUAACCACGAGCUGGAGGAGGUGCUGGAAGCGCAGCUCUCUCAAGACUUUACGGAAGGGCUGGACGGCCUGUACGAGACCGACGAGCCCACGGAGAGGAAGUUCGCUAAGAACACUCUACACAACAUGUUCCGGAGAGCUCAGUUGAUCCCGGAGAUAGAAGGGGCAUGGAGGGAGGCGUUCGAGGGAAGGCUGCGCUUCAUGUAUGAAGGAUGA